AUGAAAGGAUUACCUAUGGCCUAUCCUGGAACACUGGCAACAUUGGACGUGGAAAUAUUAAAAUGUGAUCCAUUGGUAACAAGUGAUUACGGUUUAAUACUUCCAUCGUCAUUGUUUACUUCAAGCGCUCGCAUCCUCAUGUAUAUGAAAGUUGACGCUUAUGGUAGAUUGAGAUUUGAGCUUAACUCUGCAAUAAUGUGCGCUAUGAACGCUGCCAACACUCACAUCGGCGUUGUAUGGGCUCCACUGAAUCGCAUCAAUAAUCAGUUUCAAAGUCUGUGGCACUUCUAA